AUGAGCGCGAGUGUGAGUGCGCCUCCACCGUCCGCCUCCGACGCCGACAGCUUUCCGUUCAGCUGCUUGCCGGACGAGCUGCAAUCGCUGGUCAUCGCCUUUGCGCUCGCGCAUGCGCAGAACAGCACCGCAUCUGGAAGCGUCGCCGAUGUGCUGUGUGCCAACUCGUUCUUCCGCCGCACGGGCGUGCGCCACCUGUACGAGCACCUCACGCUCACAUCGCGCCUCUCGCUCUCGUGUGCGCUGUCCACGCUCGAGGCGCACCCGCACUAUGCGCAGUACAUCCGCGCACUCGACGUCUACUCGGCGCGCAUCGACUGGAAGCAGGCCAUGCGGCUUGCACGCCUCGUCUCGCGCGUCCAGACGAGUGCCGGCGGGGGGCAGCCGUCGUCGCGCGUGCGCAGCCUGCGUGUGCGCUUCCCCGGCGACGCAGUGGCCGAGGCGGUCGAGUUCUUUACGCACUUUCAGCCACACCAUCUCGAGUGGAUCACGCAGUCGUGCUGGUUGCUUGCGCCGCACCACUCCUUCCUGCGAGCGCUCAGGCCCGCCGAUGCUGGGGUCGCCGCAUGGAGCAGCAGACUCGUCUCGCUGCGGCUGGGCAACUUUUGCUACGACGUGGCGACGGCCAGGAUGCUCAGCUCGCUGCCCAAUCUCGCUAGCCUCACGCUGCUCGGUGGCGCGAACAAGUCGCUCCAGCCCCAGACGCUCAGCAUGCUGCUCACCACCGGAAACACGCGCGUCAACCUGACGAGGCUGCGUGUGGGCGACUGUCCGAUGCGCAGGCGCAACCUCAUCGAGCUUGAACUCGGAGUCAGCGUACCCACGUGCAGCAUCGCCGACGAAGACGUUGCAGCCGAGGCAGCCGGCGUGCGCUUUGCCGACUCGGCGGGUUGCGUCAAGUUCUGCCCGAGGUGCAGACUGCGCGCGCGCGAACGCAUCAUGGAACGCUAUGCCGCUCACGUGGGGGGCGCACAGGCUGAGAGCGAGCAGUGCAGCCAUGAAGGUACGGCUAUUGCGGUGGGUGAGGCGGACCACAGCGCAGAGAAGCAGCCAGAGACGCACUUCUUGCAGCAGAGGGUGCUCGAGUCGCUGCGCUGGAUCGCGUAG